CACGGCAGGACUACAUGUCCCGUGAUGCCCCGCACCCCCUGUCUGCUGAGCGUCUGUCUCCAUGGUAACAGUGUCCACAGCAAGUUCAGGGAGACAGACUGCCAGCUGCAACGGAGAUUAGUGGUCUGAUUGCCCAUCAUGUCCGUAAUCGUGGCUCAGUCUCACUGUAUCUUCGGCCUCCGAUCUCAAGUCAAUAACAACAUUUGUUACUUCGAUGAACAGACUAUUGUUUUCCCAUCUGGGAAUAACUGCGUCAAAUAUAACGUAGACCAGAAAUGGCAGCAAUUCAUACCAGGAUCAGAGAAGAGUCUGGGAAUGCAGGCCCUGGCCAUCAGCCCAAACCGCCGUUACCUCGCCAUGUCUGAGAAAGUUCAGGAAAAGGCGACAAUCACAAUCUACGAACUAGCCUCUGUGCCCUUCAAAAAGCGCAAAGUCCUUAGUGCACCUGACUUCACAGCCAACGAAUUUGUCAGCAUUGCAUUCUCCCCGGACUCAAAGUACCUGGUGGCACAGUCAGGGGCCCCAGAAUGGACAAUUAUCUUCUGGAUGUGGGAAAAGCAGAAAGUAAUGGCAACCGUGAGAACUGAUAGCCAGAAUAAUCCCAUUUACCAGGUGAGCUUUAACCCCCAGGAUAACUCACAGAUCUGUGCCACAGGCCGUGGGGUUUUUAAGAUAUUUCGCUACAUAGAGGGAAACCUCAAACAGACCAACUUCCAGAAAGUGGAUUCUCAGAACUUCCUGUGCCACGCAUGGCUCUCCGAGGAUAGAAUUAUCUGUGGAACGGACACUGGAAAGCUUUGCCUCUGGGAAUCUGGUGAUGUUCGAUGGGAGUAUAUAAUCAGUGGAAAAACUGCGCUGAAGGAGGGCGAAAGAUUCGAUGAUCAUUCCGUGGAUGGGCGGUCAGUUUCUGCCAGUGCGUUAUCCUCUGUCCAGAUACAUGCCAUCCUGCCCUAUUCCAAGGGAUUCCUGUGCUCGGCUGGUCCAGGCAAGGUCUGCAUGUUUGAGAAGGUGGAAGACAAAGAACUUUACAAAAGGAGCCACGAUAUCAGAAUUCCGCAGGACGAGCACAGCAGUGAUCCCAGCCAGUCCGAGCUGCAGGAGGUGCUGCACAUGUGUCUGAGCCCCUCGGAGGAGACAGUGCUGGUUAGUACCAGUAAGAGUCAAAUUUACACCAUCGCCCUGUCCUCGGCUGAAAUCGGGAAGGGUGACGACGCUUACUUUGAGUAUCUGUCCGAGCAGUGGCACUCCGCCCCUAUAACAGGACUGGGUAUCUGUGUCCGUAAACCGCUCCUCGCUACCUGUUCACUGGACAAGUCAGUUCGCAUCUGGAAUUAUGAAAACAAUUCUCUAGAACUGUACAGAGAAUACCAGGAGGAGGUAUACAGUGUCUCGUUACAUCCAUCCGGACUCUAUGCUCUGGUGGGAUUUUCAGACAAGUUGCGUUUAAUGAACCUGCUAAUUGAUGAUAUCCGCACAUUCAAGGAAUUCACCGUCCGUGGCUGCCGUGAGUGUGCGUUUAGCCACGGUGGGCAUUUAUUCGCUGCAGUGAAUGGCAAUGUCAUCCACAUUUACUCCACAACAACAUUCGAAAAUGUCUUGAAUCUGAAAGGCCACAAUGGGAAGGUCCGAUCUGUGGCCUGGAGUGCGGAUGACAGUAAGCUGAUAUCUUGUGGCCAGGAUGGAGCUGUGUACGAGUGGAACUCACUCUCGGGAAAGCGUGAAUCUGAGUGCGUGCUCAAAUCCUGCAGUUAUACGUGCGUGUCGCUCUCACCGGAUUCCAAAACCAUCUUUGCUGUUGGAUCUGACCAAACUCUUAAAGUAAUCAGUGAUUCUCAGAUUGCCCGUGAAGUGCCGGCACUUGAUGUGACAUACACAGCCGUAGCCAUCUCUCACUCUGGGCGGAUGCUGUUCACUGGCACCACCACUGGCACAAUCCGCUCCAUGAAGUACCCGGUGACCCAGUACAAGGAGUACAAUGAAUAUCAAGGCCACGCCGGGCCAGUCACCAGGUUAGCAGUGACUUGUGAUGACCAGUAUCUUCUGUCCAUAUCGGAGGAUGGAUGUCUGAUGCUUUGGAAAAUCUCCGACAAAGAGGGUCGAGGCUUGAAACGAGACAAAGAACUGGCUUAUGCAGAGGAAGUGCUGAUUACCAAGUCUGACCUGGAGGAGAAGAAUCAGGUGAUGUCAGAGCUGGAGACGCGCGUCAAGGAGCUAAAAAUGGAGAACGAGUAUCAGCUGCGGUUAAAGGACAUGAAUUAUAAUGAAAAACUGAAGGAACUGACGGAGAAAUUCAUCCAGGAGAUGGAGGUGUUAAAGACCACAAAUCAGAUUUUAAAAGCUGAUAAAGAGAAAAAUGAUUUGAAACAUCAGGAUGAAAUCAGUGAAUUAAUAGAGAAGCAGGUUCGAGAGGUGCAGGACCUGGAGACCUCCAAUAACCAGAAGCUGCUCCUGGAAUAUGAGAAAUACCAAGAGUUACAAGGCAAAUCACAGCGAAUGCAGGAGGAAUACGAGAAGCAGCUCCAUGAGUUGGAGGAAAGUAAGACACUAGCGCUGGAGGAACUAACGGAACACUACGAGGCCAAACUGCAGGACAAGAUGUCUCAGCUGCAAUGGACUCAAGAAGAGGCACGUCAGCAUCAACGUGAGUAUGAGGAGACAAAAAAACAAAUUGAGGAAGAUGGAGACCUUGAAAUACAGGAUUUAAAAAUCCGUUACGAGCGUCGUCUAAGGGAGGAGCGAGAGACUUCGCUUCGUCUGAAAGGAGAAACUGGCAUCAUGAGAAAAAAGUUCAGCAGCCUGCAAAAAGAAAUCGAGGAACGUGGAAAUGACAUUGAUAGGAUGAAGGCAGAACAACAGAAGCUGCAGGGAGUCAUCAAAUCCCUGGAAAAGGACAUCCAAGGGCUUAAGAGAGAGAUUCAGGAGAGAGAUGAAACUAUUCAGGACAAGGAGAAGAGAAUUUAUGAUCUGAAGAAAAAGAACCAAGAACUGGAGAAAUUUAAGUUUGUUCUGGAUUAUAAAAUCAAAGAAUUAAAGAAACAAAUCGAACCACGAGAGAAUGAAAUCAAAGAGAUGAAAGAGCAGAUUCAGGAGAUGGAAGCUGAACUCGAACGUUUCCACAAGCAGAACUCACUACUAGAUUUAAACAUCACUGAGUUGAAACAGAAACUAAAAGCUACUGAUCGUGAGAUGCACAGAGAGAGGCAGAAGGUACGAGAUAUCGAAGCCGUUGUUAAACGAUUUAAGACAGAUUUACAUAACUGCGUGGGAUUUAUUCAAGAACCCAAAAAACUGAAAGACAGCAUUAGAGAACUCUAUUCAAAAUACGUUCAGGAGAGUGACGUGGCAGAAAUAGUUGGCGUGGACGCUGACAUCCAACGAGAAUAUGCUAAACAGCGGGAACACCUUGAGCGCAGUCUCAGCACUUUACAAAAAAAACUUGUAAAGGAUACCGAGAUUCACCGUGCCGAUAAUGUUCGGGUUAUGCAGGAAAAUGUGACGUUGAUAAAGGAGAUAAAUGAUUUGCGCCGGGAGCUAAAAGUAAGUCGCUCCAAGAUCCAUGACCUCGAGGAAGCUCUGGGAUUAACCCGGAAGGAUAGAAAGUCCAGCCUUGCAGACUCCAAAGGAUCUUCCACUGACGAUCGCCAUUCACCUCGAGUUCUAAGAUUAAACGCUGAAGAAGAAACAGCCCGGAUUAUGGAAAUGCAAAGACUAGAAAUUAAACGUUUACGAGAUUUGAACCUGUCACAGGAACCCAUAGCAGCCAUUCGACCUAACUCUGUGGGCAAGCUACCUGCAAUCGCAACCUAAGUAUUCAUUAAAAACAGUCCGAAAAACAAGGAGGACAAACUGUGCUCUCGCUAUAACCCGCACAUUGUACAGCUGGCGCUAUAUAAAUAAUAAUAAUAGUACUCUCUGUGUUUAUCUGGACUGUUUAUUUAGUUUGCACCUCCCCACAGUCCGUUAUACCAGGAAGGACCACCCUUAAUAUAUAAAUAUAGACAAUAAUAAAGGUAUUUGACGCUGCUUCACCACAUGCAUGACUUAUUAUUGGCAACAAAUAAACCUCUUCUCCAAU